GGAGGUGGGGUCACCGCUGUUGUUGAGAAGCCAGCCGGCAUUCCCAAGGCUGGUUACCCACUGGAGAGUUGAGACUCGGAGCGUCCCGCCCGGAUCCACAUGGCUUGUUACCUGGUCAUCAGUUCCAGACAUCUCAGCAAUGGACACUACCGGAGUAUUAAAGGAGUCUUCAGGGGACCCCUCUGCAAGAAUGAAUCUCCGGCUCCGGAUUUUGCAGAAAAGGAGAAGUCCACAGAAAAGGCCAUGGAAGAUGUAAAGGCUAACUUUUACUGUGAAUUAUGUGACAAGCAGUAUCACAAACACCAGGAGUUUGACAAUCAUAUUAAUUCUUAUGAUCAUGCUCAUAAGCAGAGACUAAAAGAAUUAAAGCAACGAGAAUUUGCUCGAAAUGUAGCUUCCAAGUCAUGGAAAGAUGAAAAGAAACAAGAAAAAGCACUUAAGCGACUUCAUCAACUGGCUGAGCUAAGACAGCGGUCUGAAUGUGUUUCUGGAAAUGGACCAGCAUACAAAGCUCCCCGGAUAGCCAUAGAAAAGCAACUCCAACAGGGAAUUUUCCCAGUGAAGAAUGGCAGAAAGGUGUCAUGUGUGAAGAACGCUCUACUCCUUAAGGGAAAGAAUCUCCCCAGAAGUGCUUCUGAUAAGCAGCGAUUUGCCACACCAAAUAGACACCAGUUACAAUCAGACAGGCAUUAUUUGUUUGGAAAUCGAGUAGCACAAACAUCUUCUGAUCUCAGCAGUGUAAAUCACAGGGCUGGAGUGUCAUUUUCAUUUUCAAAAAAAGUGCAUCUUAAAUUAGAAUCUUCAGCCUCAGUUUUCAGUGAGAACACAGAAGAAACCCAUGACUGCAACAAGUCACCCACCUAUAAAGUAAAACAAACUGUGGGAAAAUGCAAGUGCUGCAGGUUUGCUAAUGAGGAUACACAUCUCUCCAAGGAAGAGAAUAUAAACAUGUCUCCAAACUUUCUGGAGAGUGUUUCAAACAUCUUCUCCAGAAGCUCUAAAAUGCUGCAAGACAGAAAUGAAUCCAGUGAUGAGGCACUGGAAGAUUCUGAUGACAUUCAUGCUUCUUUCUCUAAAUCUCAACUUUGUCUUUCAGAUAUCCAGUGUACUCCUUCCAAUAGACAGAAAGAAACUAUAAAUACACUGAAGAACUCUUCAGAAAACUGCUUUAAUCACCCAUGCCAGACACAUGCUUCCACUACCGCAUCAAACAUUUAUAAGCAUAGUGGUGCCAGGACAUUUAAUUGUCUGGAUGAAUUUCCCUCACCAAGGCCAAGCAAAGAAAAGAAUACAGUGCACCUGAAUGCUCAUUGCAGAGAAAAACCAUUAGAUGAGACAGAAAGCAUUAGCAAAAAUGUUCAAAGACUUCUAAAAGAAUGUCCCCAUGAUGUGACAUCCAAACCAUUGCCCUUUCUCCAUGUACAGAGCAAGGAUGGCCACACGACUUUACAAUGGCCUAGAGAACUUUUACUCUUUACCAAGACAGAGCCCUGUAUCUCUUAUGGCUGCAACCCCCUAUAUUUUGAUUUUAAGCUUUCUCGAAAUACAAAAGAUGGCCAAAAUUCAGAUGACUUCAAGCCAGAAUCUGAUAAAGAAGUCUUGGAAAUAAAGAGAAAAAGGGAGAGUCAAGUCUCAGGUUUAAUCAAAGAUCCACAAAAAUUGAUCCAAGAAGAUAAUCAAUCUCUCAAACCAAAGAUGAUGGAACCUAAUCCAGAUUUGGAAAAUAUCCAGAGAAAAUACAACUUGGGCUACAACAAUUCUGAGCCAAACAAGAAUGAACAAAAUUUUAGUGAAAAUAAUUUGGAAUUCAAAACUCUGGAAGUGCCUGAUUACAUUGAAAUGGCUCUAAAGGAUUGUAUAGAAAGGAAGAAUAAUUCUGAUUCUGAACCAUCAAAGGCCCAUUGGCAACAUUUUGGAAGAGUAGUUCUAAAUAAUGUGGAUGAGGGUCUAUCCUUUCCUCAUACCUCUAGGACUAAAAAGCAUAAACUGAUUUCCUGUAGUCCUCAUUCAGAGUUCGAGGAUGAAAAACAAUUUAAAUGGAAAUCUGGUGCUUAUAUAGCAGGAAUUCAUGGCGACCAUGGGAAGGAUUUGAAUGUGGUUUUGAAUAACAGCAUGUCCAUGAGUAGCAGUACUACUGGAUGUGGAAACCAAAGUUACAAGAGAUGUUCUUCAGAAUCACCUCGGAAUGGAUACACCAGCCCUGUGAACACUUCUCCCAGAAGCAUCUCUAGCUUGAGAAGCACUUGUUCAAGUCACGUGUCCAAUAGUAAUGGCAGCAGUAGUUUGUUCUGCUUCUGUCAAAGGGAACACAUUGCAUUGGAAAGGCACAAAAGAAAACACAGAGAGGGUAAUUGUGUGUACUUGGCUGAUGAAACAACAGACAGCAAUUGCCUGAAGUCUGAAACUCAGAGAGAUAGGAACUGUAAAUUGUGGAAUUUAUUUAAACGUAAAAAAUACUCAAAACGUAAAUAUUGUCACUGCAGAGAAAGAGAUAAACUGGAUACACUUCAACAAUUUUCAGGGCCCAAAUCUCUAAGAAUCAGCCACUGUGAUUCUAGCUCACAGAUAUCUUGUGCUAGAAACAGUGAAAAACUACUUAAUUGCCAGGAACCUCAGCACCACAGACUGAGCUCUUACUCAAGACAGAGAAUAUAUUGCUUAAAUAAAAGCAAGGGAAGUCAAGAGUCUUUGAGCAACUCCCACAUUUGUGAUCCAGGAAAUGUGAAGGGCAGGUUGUGUAAUUCAGAGACUAUCUGCUGCCUCCUAAGGAACUGCUCUAGUGGUCCUUUAGAAACCACACAGCACCCCAUUAUAGAGAGGACUCCUCUGACAGCCAAAAGCCUUUUAGAAAGAAUACAAGCCAAGAAGGGUCAGGAACAAUUAACUAAUGUUGAGAUCUCUUCAAACAGUUGUAUAGAUGAAUCAGAGGCUCAUUCCCAAAUCCAACCCACAGUUCAGGUAAUACCACCAGGCUAUAACAGACACACAUUACCUUUGUUAGAAAGAAGACAACAGUCAAAUGAAAGAAGAAAUGAUACAGGAGAUAUCAUUCAAAGGACUACUGAGAGAGAGAAAUCCAAAAUCUCAAAGAAAAAGAACUUCACUGAUUGUGAUAACAGUCUUUCUACAGAUAUAAUUAAUACAGUAGAUGAGUCUCAGUCGCGAAACAGAAAAAGGAACCCAACCACGAAAGAGCAAUCAAAAUCUUUAAUUAGUGAAGUCCAAUCUUUUCUUCAAAGCUGUGACACAGUACCAACUGAUUUCUCUUGUGUUUUUCCAGCAAACAGAUAUACUGCUGUAGCUGAUUCAACAGAGACCAAAGAGGACCAAAUAAAUCCAGACAUACAGGAUGUAAGCAUGCAUAUGAAUCACACAGAGGGGAAUAUAAACACUUACUAUGACAGAACUAUGCAGAGGCAUGACAAAGUAGAAGGUGAAUUUGACAUGUGUCAUAAAUCUUUCUCUCCCCCUUUAAUUCAGCAGCCCAUAACCUUUUCUCCCGAUGAAAUAGAUAAAUAUAAGCUUCUACAGCUACAAGCACAGCAGCACAUGCAGAAACAGCUCUUGUCAAAGCAUCUUCGAGUUUUGCCUGCUGCAGGGCCUGCUGCCUUCACUCCUGCCUCAGCUGUACAGACAGUUCCAGUCCACCAGCACACAUCCAUCACCACCAUCCACCACACCUUCUUACAGCAUUUUGCUCUUUCUGCUUCCAUAAGUUCCCACAGCAGUCACCUCCCAAUAGCUCAUCUCCACCCACUUUCACAGCCACAUUUCACUCCAUUCUCAUUUUCAACCCUGACUCCAACCAUUAUCCCUGCACACCCCACUUUCUUAGCAGGUCAUCCCUUGCAUCUAGUCACCACUGCCCCUUUUCACCCUCCUCACAUAACACUUCAACCCCUGCCAUCUGCAGCAUUUAUUCCCACAUUGUUUGGCCCUCACUUAAAUCCUGCCACAACUUCAAUCAUCCACUUGAAUCCUUUAAUCCAACCAGUGUUCCAAGGUCAAGACCUGUACCCCUACUCAUGCUCCAGCCAGAUGCAACAGUUCAGUGGAGUGAGAGAGACCUUAAAUAUGGCAGCACACUUGAACUGA